CGGGCAAGGGCGAGUUUGUUUCCAGUCUGAUUACUCUUGCCAACCUCCCGUCAACGUACUAAACGUUGAUGGAAUCGAAAGACUAAAGGUUGCAUACUUGACCACUUGUGAGCGACGCCUUUGCCAACCAUGGCGCAACCAGCAACAGGCGAUCCCCUGGCAGCAUGGCGGCAGUACGUUCGAGAUACUCAGGGCCGGGUAAAGCCAUUUUCCAAGGAAGAAGAAGUGAUUAGCGCGAGGAUACUUGCCUAUACUCUUUUGCGGCUUCCAGGACGCCGCCCUUCCGCCAACACCCUCUUUAGGUUAACCCGCAUCGGGUAUUCCUGGCUAGUAGAUCGUUUUGGGGAUGAUAUUGACAAAAUUUGUGCGGAAAUUGAAUGCUGGGGCGGCAGACGGUGCUCAGCACCUGAGAACGACAACAAUAUCUCUUCUGCCGCGACUUUGGAAGGCCAAGCUACAUCAAGCGUCUGCUCCAGCCUCGCUCCCGAAAGUGACGCUUCAAUACCGGCAAACUGGUGGGACGCUGAUUAUUACGAGAUCCCUAGCUUUUGUCACAAGGUCUUCGGCACAGACCUUAGGGCAAUCGCGACGGAGGUGUUCGACAGAUGCAAAUCUGGUAAUCUUCUAUUCGGUUCCAAGGGCUGGAAAAACUGGCCGCUUCAACCAGCUAAAGAGAGACACGUUAUCCAGUGCUUAGACGAGAUUAUGAACCAUCUGCGCCGUCUCGCUGUGGAGGUUUGCCCCGAACUCGAUGACCAGCCCCGACGGAAGCUCUUUAAGCCGCCCACGGAUGUCGAAAGUCGCCCCUACCCAACUGUUGGUUUCUGCGACUACGCCGUUGGCAAAAAAUAUGGCGAUUUGCUGGUUGUAGGGGAGGUCAGGACAGAUCCGAAGCGCCCUUACGAGGCCGUCGCUGAUAAGAUGGCGAGAUGUGCGGAGGAGCUUUUUUUUAUUCAGCCAAGUCGCCGGUACCUGCUAGGUUUCAGUCUCUGCGGGUCCCUCUUGCAGGUGUGGAUGCAUGACCGAGCAGGGUGCCGGAGUUCGGAUGUGUUCGAUAUCAACACCUACGAUGGUGGAGAAAUGUUUGUCUGGAUAUUUCUCCAGUUCCUCUUCAUGGAUACGCCCCGCCUCGGGUUCGACUCUACUGUUGGAAUCAGCACGCUGCUCUGUUGGGAGGUAGGGCACAUCGAGAUUACUCGAGACGGGAAACUUGAACAGAUCAUUGUGGAGAAGGUACUGCAGCGGUCACACCGCAUUUGCGGUCGCUGCACUACCUGCUACAAAGGACGUCUGGCCCAUGACCCAAAGACUAUUGUUGUUGUGAAGGAUUCCUGGCACCGUCCGCAGCAUUCGGUCGAAGGUGAGCUGCUGAGAAAGGCCAGCGAAAACGGCCGUGUGAAGAACAUCGUCCGUUAUUACCAUCACGAGACAGUGGUGGUUGCCCACGAACUUAUGGACGACAUCGAUCCCCCCCAAAUCGCAUCGAGAGCACCGCCGACUCUCCUUCUUAAAGCCCUUGGAGACUGUAUUGAGGGUUAUUGGACUCUCUGGGAGCAUGCUCAAAUAGUGCACCGCGAUAUCUCAUUAGGCAACCUUCUAGUCAGGGAGGAGCCUACAGAAGACUGCUGCUGGGGGUUCCUGACCGAUUUGGACAUGGCCACGGACCGCGACCGGACAGAGAGUUGCCAGGGGCGUCAAAUGAUUGGCACACAUAUUUUUAUGUCGACCGAGUUGCUUUGCGGGGAUGGAGAGGGGAAUCAUUCCUUUCGACAUGAUCUAGAGUCCUUCUUCUGGGUCCUCUUCUGGCUUUGUGUCCACUACGAAGGGUCAGAGGAAGUGGUAACGUCUGGCGGGAUAUACAAAUGGUGCCAGGCGCUUCCCCCUGAAACCCUAGGCUUUUGGAAGCGCAUGAUCCCUGAGGACGAUGAUACAAGACUCCUGGGAAGAAUUACUCCGUACUACAAACCGCUAGUGCCUUGCAUCAUUGCCUUGAGGUGUGCAGUGUUCCCCGACGGCAAACUUCCGAGAGACGAUGAAGGAAGCUGGGAUAUGAAAGCUCGGAUGAUCAAGGUCCUCCAGGAUGCACGAUUCGAGCUUGAGGCGGAGGAAAACGUAGCCAAACUUGCCGAGUAG